AGUUUAUUAUCAGGAUAUAUUUGAAUGGCUUCACAAACCCAAUCAUAAAAUUAAAAACACAAUAGAAAUGGCAUUUUCAAUUCACAAGAGCUAUAUACAUGUCAGCUUGGCAUUGAAGCCAUAUUCAUCAUUAUUAGAAAUAACACCUGUAAAAAUUCAAAUAGAAAACACAAGUAGAUGUUAACCAAUCAAUUAUCAUCUUUUUAACCUUAUAUAAAAAGUAAAACUGAAUGCUUGCAAAUUAUUAUUUGCUUGUCAACAUGGAAUAUCAACGUCACUACCAGCCAACCUUUACACAUCUUAACAAUGUGAGAAGUAACAACCAGAUAAUGCACCAAUAUCAGCCAACUUAUUCACUGCCAACUAGUAGUAGAUCUACAAGUCAGAUGUCAUACCAGCAAAAUACGAUGCUGAAUCCUUCCUCUCAAGACAGUCAUAACAGGACUAUGGCCACACAACAUAACUUUAAUACAGAAUCUGACAGAGAAGAUCAGCCACCAAAAUGUGAUCUAAGAUGCAAGUGCUGUGCUGUACAAAUGGCUUUUGGUCUAGUGUGUGCCUGUAAUCUGACCAAAGAAAGUGUUGGUACACAGACUGAUAUUUUAGUUCUCAACAUGACUACUGAAGACUACUUCAAACCAAAGACAACUGCCUUUAAGCUAUUACAGAACCAGAUAACCAGUGUCUUGCAUACAACGAAACUAAGCAGCACAUCAGACAAAGCUUUUGAGGACAGUGUUUCUGAAGUAAUCAACUUUAUCAAUGAUCUACCAGACACACCUAGAACCAGAGAAAAAGUACGAACAAGGUUCAGAAAAAGAAUGUACAACCAAAAGGGAUAUGAAAAAACCAAGGAGUUAGCCAUAGCAACUGGCGGAAGUGCCAGAAAACUGCAAUGGAAGAAAGCCAGAGAGGCAGUUAUACCAACAAAACAACCCAGGGCAUCCGUCAACCAAAGAAAUAUUUCUAUUAUGAGUUCCUCAACAUCAUCACCCGUAUCUUCUCCUGCUGCGUCUCCUGUAUCUACUCCUGCACAUUCUCCAGAAACUUCACCCACUCAAUCUCCAAUGAUUUCUCCUGCUUCUUCAGUCACCUCUCCUGCACCAGUAUUUACAGAACAGCUUCCACAGACAAACAGUAUAGGAAUUCAUUUCAAAGUUGGAGACAAUGUCUGCAUUGCAAGUGGCGGCAAGUCUUGUGACUUUGCAACCGUGGAAAAGAUAUGGAGCUCAAGAGUGGACAUUACCUACCUAAAAAAAGCUGGGCCUAAGCUAACAACAUGGAAGUUAGGAAGUGGUAAACUUUACAAAGACAGUAUCCAUAAGAACAGUGUCUUUCAUUGCUUGGGCAAAAUAGAUCAAGUAGAGGGUCAGCUGAUGCAGACAAUAAAGAAAAAACUGAAUAGCCUUUUUUAAUAGACAAUUUGGUAAAACCAUGUAAAGUUUGACUUUUGAAUUAUGUUAUCUUAUUGUUAUUGAAAUUUUAUUUUCAGAUUUUAUCAAAAUUUAUAUAGAUAUAAAUUAACAGUAUUUUAAUCAUAGGCUAAGCUAGUUGAUUGUUUUUUGUAUAUAUUUAUGUAAAUAUUUCAGGUUUCACUUUAAAUAUAUUAUAUAAAGUACUGAUUGAAUUAAAAUAUAUUUAAUUCAUUUAAGGAUGUUCUCUCCUCUUCUAUUUUAAAAUUUGCCAGUAAUUGGGAAUCCUCUUGUUUUGUUUUAUCCAUGAACUACCAUUUAAAAAAUUUGCACACUAACUCUGACUUUUUUCCCUUAAUUGUAUCACAUAUAGCUUAAAAUGUCAUGUUUGAAAAUCUAUGAAAAUCCUUGUUUUUUUUUUCAUGGUUUUUGAAAGAAAAAAGGUGCCAAUGUUAAAGUAGUAAAAGUCUAGAGAAAUAAUAAUUCCCCACCAAAUUUUCAGUGCCUUAUAUCUCGAAAACAAGCACACAGACCACUUAUUUUUUUCUGCUUUUCCAGUUCCUUUAUUUAUAUUCAAUCAAUUUGUAAUAUAGUCAUUUAAAAAGCUUAUUAUUUUUAAACAGAGUAGCAAAUAUCCUUAAAGAAAAGAGAUAAGAAACACAAAAAUUACUUUGUUUAUUGUUUAACCUAAUUGUCCUGUAUUUUUAUUGUUAAAAGACAAGUAUGUUUUGAAUGUUGAAUUGUCACUUUACUGUUUGUCAUCUUGAAGGAUAAAAUUAAAUUUCUUUUUGUUGAGACUUUGGGUUUUCCCUGUGUUAUUGUUAUAGUAUUUAUAAGUUCAAAAAUGGUUAGUGAGAGUAGUUGUAUAAUAGGUUCUUGUUUUGGGGUAAAGAAAUAUAUGGGUAAUAUAUGCAAAGAAAUUCUUUGGCGGUUCAAAAGGUGGGGUUCAGCUAUGUUAUAUAAUUUUUGGGUUUUAUUUCACAGAAAGUGCUCGCAGUAAUUAAGACAGUCAGUUCACAUAAUAAUGUAUGAUUACAAUAACAAAUAUGACUUCAGUCCAUUUAAAUAAUGUAUUGGACAUUUUGUAUUUUGUUUUGUUUGAAUAUUGUUGUUAUAAUAUAUAUCAUUUUAUAGUUUAUAAUGUUAUUAACGUGAUUAAAAUUGCUAGCUAGAAAAGAGAAAUGUUACUGCGAGCAACUAAACCUA